CUGGUGCAGUAGCAUGAAGUUGCGGUAAGAGCUCAGAAAUAUACUUCUUGAACCACUAGAUCUGCACAGUUUAAAGUGGUUGAACUUCUGUGGUACUGUCUUUGUGUUAACGAUUGCCAUGUAUUCAGUGUAGAGUAGUAGUGUUUUUAGUUUAGUUUUUUUUUGUUUUUUUUUGUACCUACUUUGGCUCCUUGUUCCACUCAGUUGGAAAUCUUGUCCCAUCUGCAUUGACUCUCUGGGACAGUUCCGUUGCAUGGCAUCCACAUUAGAUUUGACUUUAAUAAUAGUCUUGGAAACUAUCAACAUUCGAUAUUUGACUUUUUGUUGGACUAAAGCCGUCCUCUGCGUUAGUGCGCGAGCCAUCACUAAACCCUGCUUGACCCCCUCCCUUCGCACACACAUCUAUUCUGGUCUCCCGGUGUGGGCGGCACAGACCCGGCUGAUCAGAUUAACGAGAAGGCGGCGCACGUUGCAACUCCGUGGCGGCCCACCUGAGCGGCUCUGCGGGGCCGAUGGAAGGGGGCGGAGCCGGAGGAUGUGACGUCGAGCGCACACAGGAGAUUGCGCUCCAGCUCAUGGAUGCCUCUCGUUAAGAGUUUUCUGGGAUUAUAACUGCCGACGAGAUGGCUAGACGCCCUUGAAUCCAUGACGGCGAGGGAACACAAACAGCGGGACAGCGACACAUACUCACGGACCUCGUUAUUCCUCCGCAGAAAUGGAUCUAACUUUUUUGUUGUCAGCCGCUAUCUUCACGCUGCUGGCCAUUGUGGUCGCGACAUCGAUAUUUAACGGGUCUUCGCCUGCCGCUGACCUUUUCCACCGGAGUUAUUUCGUACAGAACGAAGAUGCUCCAGUCGCCGAGAGGGAGGAAGCGGCAGCUCCCAGACUAAACGGCCACGCACCCGACCUGGUUAAGGAGCAGGACACGGCGGACAACUGGUCUGAAAUCAGCGGAAGCUCGCACGACCACUGGGAUGUGGUCAAGACUGUGCUGUCAGAGCAGGAGGCUCUUCCCCAAACCACAGGUGAAGAUCCUGUCCCACCGGUGGAUCGCUCAUCCUCCACAUCUAGUGUGUCCAUCCCCAGACCCGAGUCCAGCUUAGAUGUAGACUCGUCGUCCGACACCUCAUCAGGAAGGGGCCGUCGCUCCUACAUUGGGCUCUCUGACGAAGAGCUUCUCAAGUGUGCAUUCUCCUCCCUGCAGAAUGAGGCCGCCACAGAGAGCCCAGACAUAAUUGAGAAUGCGGAAGAAGAUGAUGAGCAGCACCUCAAGUACCUGCCUGGCAAGUCCAGAACUCACCACCUGGAGAUGAUGCUGUCCAAAGAGGAGCUGGAGGAGGAGCAGAGGGUUCAGCGCGAGCAGUUAGCAGCCAUUUUCCAGCUGCUGAAAGAAAAUACAGACACAUUUGGCGAAGUCUCCGAUGGUGACAUGGAGGAGCAGCUACGACUGUACUCCAUCUGAUUCUAUGUAUUAUUUUGGGCAGCGUUCACCUGUAGCACACAAGGACUACUCCAUUGCAUUAAGGAUUGUACUGUAUAUACUGUACCGCCUAGUGUUCAGACACUAUUCAGUCACUGUUUUAUCUUCAAAAGUUGUAGUAAAAGAAUUGAGAUUUUAUUUCACUAAAAUGCUGUUUUAUAAAGGAUAACUUGUAUAUGUGAUCAGUUCUUCUAUUUUCACUGUUCAAUGACUUGUUCAUCUUAAUAAAUUGGAUUUCAUUUG